AGGAGGAGGAAGAGGAGGAGGAGGAGGAUACAGACAAGAUAUCAGAGAAGAGAAAGACAAGUAAAUAAACGAGCAGCACAGAUUCAAAUCUGGACAAGAUGGACAAGACAAAAAGAGGGUGAAAGGAUUAGAAACUCAGAGGUGACAUGAUGCAGAUAGUCUGAUAUGAUGUGAAGAAAGAAAAUAAAUGUUCAAGAGAAAAAGGAGAAGAGAUAAAAGAUGAGGUCGAGAAAGUGCAAACUAAGGAGAAAUGACCGAGGCAGAUGUAAAUGAAGGACAAGAAGGGAUAGAAACGGUGAAAAUACAAAAAACACAAGAAGGAGAAUGAGUGUGAGGCUCGAGCGGAGUGAGAGGGAGGGCAGGGGUUACUAUAGGUCAGAUUAAGUAACUGACUGAAGCUUGAGGUGGCACGAGAGACAACAGCGUUAUUAAAAACUUCACCUCGUCUUCAGCGCUUUGAGACGCAGCGAAACACUCUUCUUCUCCAUCAGCUUUAAACCCAUAACAUUAUAUUUGAAUGGUAUUUAUUAGUUAUUUAGCAGAAAAUGGAGCAAAAGACUUCCUGCAGAUAGAUGUCAGAGCUUGUGGUUAAACCAGAUGCAAAACAUUUGUUUGCAUCCCUCCUGAGUUGAUACAUGAGAAUACAGAUUAUAAGUUUGUCCAUGUACAGGAAAAGAGGGCAAUAAAUGAGGGUCUGUGGAGGUUUUUGACUUCCCUCUUUCAGCCAGACGACUUCACCAUAUGUUACUAUACAUCUGUACUAACAUUCAACGUGCAGACAUUUCUUCUUUUUCUGUCUCGUGCCUGACAAACAGCCAGAAACACUGGACUUAACUUCAUGUUAUGAGGAAGGACAUUAGUGAAAUCAUGUUUUGGUCUUUGUCUGUUGGUCGGUUAGUUAGUUAGUUAGCAGGAUUACGCUAAAACCAUGGGUGGAAGGAUGUGCUAUAGGUGAGGAGAGAACCAAUUAAAUGCUUCAGGGGGCAGAUCCUGGAAUGUUUCUACUUUUUCUUUCAUAUUGCAAGAUGGGUAUUUUUAUUUCUGAGAGAAUAAUUCAUGGAUCCUGAUGAAAAGAAAGACAUGUUUAGAUGAGUGAUAUUUAUGAGUAAGUGAAAUCUGGUGCACAUCCAAACACAAACCCGGAUCUAGUGAAUUUCAAUGUGGUUUCAUGAGGAGACCGUUGGGCCUCGGUGGAGGUUUGAGCUCUACCUGGUCUCCUUCCAGUUCAACUCGUGCUUUUAUCUUCUGGUUUAGAACAAUUCCAGUGUCCUGUAGAGCUUCUUCCACUUCUCCUCCAAAUUCUGUCAGGGUUGAAAACCUUUUAACCCAAAUCAUGGGAAAAAGUAGGAAAAGAAAUGCCCCUGUUCAUUUUAGAAGCACAAAUAUUGCUGCCACCGUCAGCACAUUUCCUCUAUUAUGCAAAUAGUGUCCUCUCAGUGCAGCACAAAGGUAAUUUAAGACAGACCUCCUCAAACUGCUAAUUCAGCAGCACAACCUAGUUCAGCUGUGAAAUUCCCACUGAUCUCACUGGAACAUUCACCUUUCGCCUCCAUGCUGCCCCUCCACUCCCUCUGAAUAUGAUCUCCUCUGCAGGGCCUGAGCCUUGUGUGAAAGAGGCCAUCACAUGACGUGACUUGGCCCUUUGUGGCCGCGUGCAGGGUGGCAGCGGAGCAAGUGACUGGGAUUGGGAGCAGCAGUAUUACAGUAGGGGUAUUGAUUCAACACGGAUUACGGAGCGGAGCUCGAACCUCCAUCUAUUUCCACCUCUUCCCUCUAGAUUCCCUCUUACUUUACUUCUCAUUAUUUCAAUUUUCUUACCUUCUAACUCCUCUGUUCAUUCUCCAUCUGCUGCUUCUCCUUUGCAACCCCCCUCUCCCCUUUAUCUCUCUGCCUUCUCCCCUCCAACCUCCCCCCUUCAACUUCUCUCACUCCUUCUCAAUGAGGUAUUCAUGUGACCCACCUGCUGUACGCCGCUUAGCGUUUGCCCGACUAAAGAGCCGCUCUGUGCUCUUGUUGGCCGGCGGAGUUGGCCUCCCUCAUUCGUAGUUCAUACGCCUGCCACUGCCGCUGCGUGCCCAGGGCUCGAACCAAGGAGAGAAGUGAGGGGGGGUCCUCUUCCAGUAAAGGGGUGUGGGGGUGGGGGGGUCUCAGGGUGGCAUCGGAGCGGAGACGAGGUUCUGUCAGACGUAGGAUGCUGCACAAGGUUCCUGGAUGCUGGUGCACUUGGCUAAAGUAGCCAUCAUGUUUGGCCGGAGGAGUUCAGGUGGAAGUUAUGAGAAGAUGCGGAGCGAGUAUUACUUGGACGUGGAGAAUCCUUUCUGUGCUCAGGUGACCAAGCAGAUCCACGAGCAUGAGCAGGAGAGCGAGCUGCGGGAGCAGAUGUCGGGCUACAAGCGCAUGCGGCGGCAGCACCAGAAGCAGCUGAUCGCCCUGGAGAACAAGCUGAAGGCCGAGAUGGACGAGCACCGGCUCAAGCUGCAGAAGGAGGUGGAGACGCAGGCCAACAACGCCUACAUCGAGCUGGAGAAGCUGGCCAAGCGCCACGCCGUGCAGAGCGAGAAGGAGAUGAAGACGGCGUCGGCGGAUGAGAAGAAGUUCCAGCAGCAGAUCGUGGCGCAGCAGAAGAAGGAGCUGACCACUUUCCUGGAUAAUCAAAAGAAGCAGUACAAACUCUGCAAGGAGAAGAUAAAGGAGGAGAUGAACGAGGACCACAGCACACCGAAGAAGGAGAAGCAGGAGCGUCUGUCCAAGCACAAGGAGAACAUGCAGCACUCCCAGGCCGAGGAGGAGGCUCACCUCCUGGCCCAGCAGAGGGUUUUCUACGACAGGAACUGCCGCGCCUUCAGACGCAAAGUCAUGAUCAAGAGGCACGACUUGGAGCAGGAGCAGAUCCGAGAGGAGCUGAACAAGAAGAAGACCCAGAAGGAGAUGGAGCACGCCAUGCUGAUCCGCCACGACGAGUCCACGCAGGAGCUGGAGCAGAGGCAGCUGAAGACCCUGCAGAAGCUGCGCAUGGACCUGAUUCUCCUGCAGCAUCAGACGGAGCUGGAGAACCAGAUCGAGUACAACAACCGGCGCGAGCGUGAACUCCACCGCAAGCACGUGCUGGAGCUCCGGCAGCAGCCCAAGAACCUCAAAGCUCUGGAGCUGCAGAUCAAGAAGCAGUUCCAGGACACGUGUAAGGUGCAGACCAAGCAGUACAAGGCCCUGCGCCACCACCAGAUGGAGAUCACGCCCAAGGCCGACCACAAGACGGUGCUCAAGGCCCUGAAGGAGGAGCAGACACGCAAGCUGGCCAUCCUGGCCGAGCAGUACGAACAGAGCAUCAACGAGAUGAUGGCCUCGCAGGCGCUGCGUCUGGACGAGGCCCAGGAAGCCGAGUGCCAGGCCCUGAGGCAGCAGCUGCAGCAGGAGAUGGAGCUGCUCAACGCCUACCAGAGCAAGAUCAAGAUGCAGACCGAGGCGCAGCACGAGCGCGAGCAGCAGAAGCUGGAGCAGAAGGUGUCGCUGCGCCGGGCUCACCUGGAACAAAAGAUUGAAGAGGAGCUGGUUUCCCUUCAGAAGGAGCGAACCGACCGGAUCAAGCACCUGCUGGAGCGCCAGGAGCGGGAGAUCGACAGCUUCGACAUGGAGAGCAUGCGGCUGGGCUUCGGCAACCUGGGCACCCUGGACUUUCCCAAGGACGACUACAGAUGAGGAGGAGCUGCUGCUGCUGCUGCUGCUGCUGCUGUCGUCUGUCCUCGUCCCCCCCGGGCGUCCGUCUGCCUCUCUCUCCUCCUCCAACCCGACUGUGCAGGUGUUCACUGCUGCUGACGUCCUCACACAAACACACACACAACAACAAAAACAAAACAAGGAUCCUGUGUGUGUGUGUGUGUGUGUGUGUGUGUGUCCAGUGGCUGGUCGACGGCCACCACCUUAACUCCUCCCCCCCCCACCUCGUCUCUCGUCGUGUCACAAGAUGACAAAAAAAAGAACAAAAAAAAAAUGCUGGAUAACGUCCUGUAGUUGUCAUGAUUUUGUAAGAACAACGAUAACGUAGUCACGGUGUUUUUCCUGUUUCUUGUGCAAUGUGGAAGACGAGAGGAGGAGGGAGAGAAAGACGAGGACGAAUGAAACGGCUCCACAAACACCCGGUUCUUUAGAGGUAAUCGAUUCUUGUCGUGCGUUUUUGUCGUUUUUUGGUCUCGAGCGGUGCAAAAAAACAAAAACCUGUUCAAAGCGAUAAAUCAAACUUCCACAGUCGUUCUCCUGCACUGCUUCUUUCAACACUUUUUUCUAUCCUCGACUCAUCAGGACAUUUUUAUGACAAAUUUGAAUAAUUUGAUACGAACAUCACAACGUUGAUAAGUACACGUAUAACGAUAAUGAUUAGAAUUCAUGUGACUCCUGCGGUCGAUUUGAUUACUGAGAGCGAAUCAUGGUACUCUGUGUUUGUAUCGUACUGAUUUCUCUGCACUGGCAGCCAAUGUGAAUAAUAAUAAUAAUGAUAUUAAUAAUAAACGUGUCACAUGAGCUCCAGCUCCCAGAUAGCACAAAGGGCUUCGUUGUGGGGGGGGGCGGGGGUGGACUUGUACUUUGUGUAUAGAAGGAUUUAUGGAGAGCUUUUACUUAUUUUCGUAUUGUAUUUUAACUGUCACUCAUAUCGAAAAAACAGAAUUUUUAAAGACGCUUUUUCCUCCCCCCCUCCUCAGAUAGUAUUUGAAAUUCAUUCUAUCAACAGGAUUAUCUUUUUAUUUUUAAUUUUUUUUCUGGCUUCUCACGACUCUCGAGCCGUGUUUUUAGUUUUUUUCUUAUCAACCAGACCAGUAUGACGCUUUAUUGUUGCAUGCACUUUAAUUUUUUUUUUUCCAGGUUAAAAAGAAAGCAUGAAUCUGUCAGAGCUUUUAAUUAUAUUUGUAAAUAAAGUGCUCAUCACACAA